AUGAACAUCCCAAGAUCACUUGCAGUAUUUAUAUUUCUAAUAAUAGGAAUUAUAAAUUUUACAAGGGCCGUACCGCAAUGGUACAACGGCACCGAUGGAAAACGCUAUUUAAUUGAAGGCGAACAGAAAUAUAAUUGGUUCCAAGCCUUUCAUGAGUGUGCCCGUCGUAAUCUACAAUUGGUGGAAAUAGAUUCUGACCAUAAAAAUAAUCAAAUAAUUUCCGUACUGAAACCCAUUUUUGGAAACUCCCACAAUUUGUGGAUAGGUGCCAUAGACGAAUAUAAUGGUGAAAAAAAUUAUAAUAGACCCUUCUACUGGCAUUCAUCCGGCAAACGUAUGACAUUCUCCUAUUGGUCCGAUAGUAAUCCCGAUAAUGAUGCACACUCUGAGCAUUGUGUCCAUAUGUGGGAAUCGAAACCGAACUAUAGAUGGAAUGAUCAUAAAUGUGAUUGGCCACGUUUAGGUUAUAUUUGUGAAGAUCAUCAUCUGCAGACCGAAUGCACUGAGUGUUCCGAGGAAAAGAUACAAAAAAUCACACGUGCAGCUGGUGCAGUUCUAGAGGAAUAUCAAACACAACAGGAGGCACAAAUUGAAAGUCUGCAAAAGACAUUGGAAAAAUUGGAGCAUGAAGAAUUGCGUUUCAAGGAAAAUUUAAAUUCUUUGCUAACGAAAAUUGAAUUGGAAACCAGUAAAUUAUUGGUAACCUACAGGGUACAAAUGAAUUCCAUUCUAGAUGAGAGAAGUGAGACUCUGCACAGUGUAAAUCUGGGACUGCGCAGCGAUAUCGAAAUGUUGACCAAGAAAUUUAGUCGUAAAUUAGAAAAUGUUAAAACAGAUUAUAGACAUAUUUUAAAGGCAUAA